AUGGCGACCAAGGCGAGGAAGAUCAAUGCGACAGACGACCCGCGCCGGGCCGCCAUGCGCAUGGCGGCCGACGAAGAUGAGCUCGUGAACCCUUCCGAAGAUGACGGCGAGGGCGAUGAGAACGAAGACGGGAACAGCGCGGUCGAGAUGAGCCCGAGCCCGAGCCCAUCCGAGCCGGCGACCGCGUCCGAGAUGGGCAUCAUCGAGGAGAUCUACUGCGAGAACUUCAUGUGCCAUCGCCGCAUGUGCAUCCGUCUCUGCCGCAACAUCAACUUCAUUACGGGCGAGAACGGGAGCGGGAAGAGUGCGAUCAUUGCCGCGCUGCAGAUCUGCCUUGGUGCGUCCGCCCGCGCGACCCAUCGCGGCAAGAGCAUCAAGAACCUCAUCCGCAACGGCCAUGAUGGCAACGCGAUCGUGCGCAUUACGCUCCUCAAUGACGCCCAAGGCACGGACGCGUUCCGCCCCGAGUCGUUUGGGAAGCGCAUCAUGGUCGAGCGUCUCAUCCGUCGCGAUGGCACGGCCGAGUACCGCCUUAAGAACGAGCAUGGCAAGGUCGUCUCGAAGCUCAAGUCGGACCUCGAAGCGAUGCUCGAUCACCUCAACAUCCAGAUUGAGAACCCCUGCGCCGUGCUCGACCAGGAGAACGCCAAGCUCUUCCUUAAGGGCGACCCGACCGACAAGUACAAGUUUUUUCUGCAAUCGACGGAUCUCUACAAGAUGCGUGCCACGUUUGCCAAAGUCGCAGAUGAGACGCGCCUGCGGCAGGAGUCGACGCUUGUCCAGGAAGAGCGCAAGCUCAAGACGCUUCUCAAGGCCAAGGAAGAUGCCGAGCGUCUGUACGAAGAAGCCAAGAGCAUUGGCCACUUGAAGGAGGAGCUCGUCGAUCUCAAGCAGUCGCUCGCAUGGUCGUUCGUUAACGCCCAGGAACUGUCGCUACAAGACGUCCAAGCACAGCUUGACCAAGUCAUGCAUUUGCAGCAAGUCGCUGCCGAGAAGGUGCAGCGGCGAGAACAAGUGGUCGAUGCGCGCCGGGCCGAGCAGUCGGAAAAGAACAAUGCGCUCCAGGAGGUCGAUGCGCAAAAGGAAGCGUUUCAGCGCCAACAGCAAGCGCUGCAGCAGGAAAUCCGCGAGCUGCGGCUACCGAUGCAGAAGAAGCAUGCUGCCAAGAACACUAUGGAGCAUCAGAUUCGGCAGUCGCAAGCUCGCUUAAAGCGCAUCGAGCAUGAGAAGGAGCAGCGCCGUGCCAAGUACCAGCAAUACCUCCGGUCACUCGAAAAGCAGCAAGCACAGCAAGCCGAGGGCAUCCAGCGCGCCCAGGAGCACCUUCAUCGUGUGCAAGCCAAGAAGCGUGAGAUCGAGUCCAAGCCGAUGGAAGAAUUUGCAUCGGAGCUCGACGACGUCGAAGGCCAGUACGUCGCGUGCAGCCAGCAAAAGCGCGAGGCAAGCAACGAGGUCGAGCGUCUGACCUCGCGCCUCCGCGCGCUCGAGUCGCAGAGCCAGAACAAGCUUGUCACGUUUGGCAACCAGAUUCCCAGACUUCAGCAAUUGAUCCAAGACAACCUGCACAAGUUCUCGGCGCCGCCGAUUGGACCGCUUGGCAUGUACUUUAGCCUCAAGCCCCAGUACCAAGACUACGCGGUUGCAGUCGAAGUCGUGCUCAAGAGCGUGAUUGGCAGCUACCUCGUCGCCAACGGCCGGGACAAGAACGUCCUGGACAACCUCAAGCGUCAGAUCAACGUUCCGCCGAGCCAGGCAAAUAUCUUGAUUGCCAAGCGCACCGGCCGGCGGUACGAAAAUGUGCACAUUCCCCGUGGCCCUCUGGGUGAUCAUGCGGUGGUCUCACUCUUGGACUUUGAAAAUCCGGAUGCGUACAAUGCGCUCGUGGACGUGGCCAAGAUCGAGACCAAGCUCCGCUUUUCGCAGGGCGUCUCGGAGGUCUACAUGCCCAGUGGCGACAAGCUCCUAGUGCGCAACGGCAACGUGGCUUACAUUGCCAACAAGGGACAGCGUCACGCGCGUAUCUUGUCGCAAGACAACGCGGGCGAGAUCAACGACAUCAACCGCCGCCUCGAGCGCCAGAAGAACGACCUCCAAGCCCUUUCGCGGGACGAGCACAACCUCCGCGGCAAGCGCGAGCACUUGCGCAAGCAGAUGCAGCAACACACAGCGAGCUUGGACGCGGCCAGCCGUGAGCUCAACCGCGCCGAGAACGAUCUCCACGCGCUGCAGCGACAGACGCAGGACCCAAGCGAGAGCAACCUCGGCGAUACGACGCUGCUAGAAGAAGAACAAGCCGAGCUCGAGACGGAGAUCCAGCAGACUAUCACCGAGCUGCAGCGACUGGAGAGCGAGCUCACAUCGUCAAAUCCCGAGCUCCAACAGAAAGAAGACGAGCUUGCACGGGUUCAAAAGGACGCCCGUGGGCUCGACGCGCAUCUUCAAGAGCUCCAAAACGACGUGACGGCUGCGAUGGCAACGUUCUCAAGCGCGACGGCCAAGCUUCUCCGGGCCAAGCACGACCAAAAAGAGGUGGCCAAGCAAGUGGCUGCGCGAUCGGCCGAAGUCGCCGAGCAAGAAGAGCUCGUAUCGACGACGAUGGCGAAAGCCAAGGCAUUCUGCCCCCGUGUGGAUAACUGCACCGAGCCACCGGCGUUUUACAGCCAGCAGAUCAAGGACGUGCAGACACGCAUGGAGCGCGAGAAGCGAAAGUUUGACAACAUGGACCUGGACGAGCUCCACUUGGACAAGGAGGAGAAGACCAUGAAGUAUUUCAAGAAGAACAUCGAGUUUACUCGGUUUGAAGAGAACGUCAACACGGUCGCGACGAUGCUCGCGGCGCGGAAACGCAAGUGGGAAAACCUCCGCAUCGAAAUUGCCAACCGAACGUCAAUUGGCUUCAACAAGUUCAUGCAAGCCAAGAACUUUGCGGGGAAGCUCAAGUUCCUUCACGACGAGCAGCGGCUCGACAUCAACAUUAUGGCCAACGAAGCCGGCAAGACCAAACAGUCGAUGGUCAGCGACAUGAAGCAGCUUUCGGGCGGCGAGCGGAGUUAUACCCAAGUCGCGCUUCUCAUGGCACUUGGCGAGUGCAUCGAGUCGCCGUUUCGUGUCAUGGACGAGUUCGACGUGUUCAUGGACAGUAUCAACCGCACGCACACGCUGCAGCUGCUCGUCGAGACGUCCAAGCAGGCCUCGCGCAAGCAAUUUAUCUUUGUGACCCCCAACGAUCUCAGCUCGGUCAAGGAGGAUGCGAUGGUCAAGAUCCAAAAGCUCAACCCGCCACGCGACCGCCUCGACGGCCCGAUGCAAGCAUCCUAGUUCCCAGUCCUCUACUCGCGCGUCCGAGUCUCUUGAUUUAAUCACUUGCGUCCCUCUCCCUCCUAGUACCCCCUACUGCAUCCACGCGUUCCAACAAGUUGUGUACAAGACGAGGUGACUAC